AUGAAGAACACAGGGACAGCCGGUCCCGUUGUUCACAGAGACAGGCCAUUACCUACUGAGCCAAAGACAUUACAGGAAUUGUUUGAGCUCCGUGUAUUAAUGAGGCUCUGUGCUCACCCUCACAGCAAAUACGGUGAGAAAGGGAUACACGAAGAGAUUGAGACAUCGCGUGGGCAAGCGGACAUCAGGAGGGUGUUCGUAGAGCUCAAGAGCAGUUGGCCAAACAAGAAUGAAAGUGCCAUUCGUUAUGGCUUCCUCAGCCCGUCUCAGUCGACUCCGGCGCCACCACAAGGCUAUCAAGUUCGUAUGGUAGUUGAAGGAUGGGUUGUUUUUUGGCUAGCUGUGUCCGAAUGGCGAACAGGCUCUCGUGACUUUGUCGAUCUUACGCAGCCGAUAGUCCAAAAAUGGAUGGACGCCCUCCGACGAACCUUCACCACCCAUCUGGAAGCAUUCCGAAAAGACCAUCCUGAUGAAUGGAUCGAGUUGAGCCAAGAAAUUCACUCGCUGGCAAAGAUACCCCUCAUGGCACGGGUUUGUACUGGGGGUACCAUGGAGGAUUUACCGGAGCCCGAAUGGACGUAG